CGGGGAGGCACGCGAGUCAGUCAGAGUGCUGCAGCGCUCAGGAGAAGCACACGCGGUGCUUCUGACGCUGCGGCCUCGUCGUUCGAGGGUGCACGCCGCACGCCGCGGGCGCUGCACCGCUGCAUCGGCGCCGCAGAUCGUGCGUGAGAUCAGCCUCAGCGCUGCCAGGGCUCGGCGCAGGUGCCGCUUGGCAGCCUCUGGGCGCUGCGAGCUGCUCGCCAGAGUAUAGAAGCCUGCGAAGCGAGACCACGCGUGAGGGCAGCACCCACAACACCUGCCUCCUCCUCUCCUCUCCUCUCCUCUCCUCCCUUCUCGUCUCCCCUCCGCUCUCUCUCUCGCUCUCGCGCUCUCCGGCUGCAAGGUCGGCCUACGCAGCGUCUUCAGUGCCGCUCGCGUCUCCCCGACCCCUCUCUUCUCCCCCACGCUCUCUUAGCACACGCACCGCCAUGCGUCUCUCGACUCCCCUCCUCCUCCUGCUCUCGCCGCUCCUGGCGCACGCCUACCGCAUGAAGGACGUGCCGGCAGACACGUCGAAGCGCGUGCGCAUCUCGCUGCCCGUGCACCUGCCCGAGGAGGCCUACGACAACCCGGUAGACCUCGAGGCGGCGCGCCAGGCACGCUUCCAGCUCAGUGGCUUCGAGUCGCCGCGCGACCCGACGCAGAUCACACGGGCGGUGAUCCAGCUGCAUGGUCUUGCGCGCGAUGCCUGGUGGUACUUCGACCUCACCACGCAAGCCCUCGAGCGCGCCACGCGCCGCAAGAACCGCACCGACGGGCAGAAUCUGCUCACCGAGCAGCAGGUGAUGAUCUUUGCGCCCUUCUUCCUCAACGACCAGGACAACGGCGCCACGCCCAACAACCGCACGCUGCAGUGGCACGGCUCGCAGUGGGCGUACGGCGCCGACACGCGCGCGCCCGCGACGUUCCUCGAUGCGCAGGGCCUCUCGCACCCGGCGCCCGGCGUCUCGUCCUUCGAGGCCGUCGACGCCGCCGUGCAGCACUACAGCAACAAGACGCGCUUCCCCAACAUCCAGAGCAUCGUCGUCGCCGGCCACUCGCUCGGCGCGCAGAUGGUGCAGCGCUACGCACUCAUCGGCGCCGUGCCGUCGCGCGACGUGCCCGUGCACUUCGUCAUUGCCAAUCCCUCUAGCUAUGCAUACCUCGACUCGACGCGCCCCAACUCUACCGAGGCUUGCUCUAGCACGUACGACGCCUGGAAGUUCGGCCUCGGCUCCUACACGCAGCGCUACCUCUCGUCGUUCAUGUCCGAGUCGCUCGACUCCUCCAAGGACGUCGAGGACGUGCGACGUCGCUACACGCGCGAACGCAAGGUGCACUACCUGUACGGCCUCGCCGAUCACGAGGUGGGCGACAACCGCUGCGAGGCCUUUGCGCAGGGUGACACGCACCUGAUGCGAGGACAGCUCUACAUGCAGCACCUCGACCACAUCCUCGCCGGCGAGCAGGGCUCUCACACCGUCGACUACGUGCCAAACGUGGCGCACGAGCCGCUGAAGAUGUUCAUCAGCGCGGCAGGGCUGCGGCAUCUCUUCACGUCCAACGAUGCAGGCGAGCCGACGGGUGUGGGCUACGGAGACAAGGCACGGCCCUUCUACCCCGCUCGUCUGUCGGGCGAGCAGCAGGUGCAGGAAGCCCAGGCCUCGCUCUGGCGCGCUCUCUUCUCCGCCAUUCCUCUCCCUGCGCUCGGCUGAUGUCGCUCGUCGCGGCGAUGUGCCCUUGUUCACGUUUCACGACUUCUCCAUCCUUUGCCCCUCUUUGGCCCCCUUUGCAACUACACCACGGCUCGCUCGCCUCGCAUCCUAUCCACCUGCGCUGCAUUUUCAUCCUGCCUGCUACCCCCCGAGAGACGUGGCCUAGAAUCUCCUUAAUGUCAUCAUUGCUUGCCCCGAGACGCGCAGCGCUCGUAGUACAUAG